UCCUUCUCCUUCUCCUUCUCCUCCUUCUCCUUCUCCUGCUCCUCCUCCUUCUCCUCCUGGUCGCCGGCGAUGGCAUCCCAGCUGCUCCGGGCAGUGAUGCUGGGGCCGCCGGGCUCGGGGAAGGGCACGGUGUGCCAGCGGCUGGCCCACUGCUUCGGCCUGCACCACCUGCCCAGCGGCCGCUUCCUCCGCCAACACAUCGCCGCCGGCACCGAAGCCGGUGUGUUAGCCAAACAGUACAUUGAACAAGGGCUCUUAGUCCCGGAUGACGUGAUCACACGGGUCAUGCUGAGCGAGCUGGAACAUAGGCGGCACCAACCCUGGCUCCUGGACGGAUUUCCACGGACGCUGGUCCAGGCCGAAGCCCUCGACAUGGUGUGCGAGCUGGACCUCGUGAUCAGCCUGAACAUCCCGUUCGAGACGCUGAAGGAUCGUCUGAGCAGACGUUGGAUCCACCCGUCCAGCGGGCGAGUGUACAAUCUGGAAUUCAACCCGCCCCUCGUCCACGAGCCGAGGAAUCCUGCACUCUUUCUCGGGGACAGAGACGAACAAAAUCUGGCCGUACGUCUACACGCUGUUUUCCCACAAGAUCCCGCCCAUUCCGUCCAAAGAAGCCAACUGAGGCGGGCGCGUGGCAGAGAGCUGGGGGAGAGGGGCCGGGGCCCUCCAGCUGGGUGCCCCGGCCAGGGAAAGAGCGAGCGAGCGUCUUGGUCUUGGUGGUCGGCGGAUGGGGACGCGGACAUGUGAGGAGAAGGCUGUUCUCUUCGAAGACCCGGAGCCGCCAGUUUGGUCUCAGAAGUUUCUGCCUGAGCUGCCACCCCUGAGGCACCGGGGCCUUGGCGUCGUUUCUCACCCUGUUUUCGGCACGGAACCUGCCCCUGCCCCCAUUGUCAAUCUCGUCUAAAAGCCCGGAGAGCCCAGGUCCCUGGAGCGUUCCCCCUGUGGCCACACCCUCGGCCUCCCAGGGUCUUGAGGUGAGGGUCCCCUUGUUACACCCCCAGGGGUACUGAGAAAGGGGGCACCUGUCACACCCCCUGGAAUCUUGAGAAAGGGACUAAUAAUAACAACAGUUAUGGCAUUUGUUAAGCGCUUAUUGUGUGCCAGGCACUGUUCUCUAAGCAC